GUUGGACAUUUUCUCACUAAAACUCAUGAAUACAACUGUUCUACUUGUAGCCCUGGUUGUCCUGAUGAGGCUAAAUAUAAGGUGCCUUCCUACAUUUGUAUAGGAUUACUGAACAAUAUGGACUCAAAUACAUUCAGUUAAUUUUUAGAGGGAAGACACUGUCUCCUGGUAAGUUUCCAUUUAGUUGCCACAACGCCCAUCUAAUCAAUGCCUAUAAACUUGUAUUAUGUUUGGUCAUUUCAACUUUGCAUUGAAAUGGUUUCUCUUUACAGAGAAGCGUCUGGAUGAACAGAACGUGAAGAACAACAGUAAGAUUAUGGUUCUGCUGGUGAGCGAGCCGGAGAGGAAGAAACAGAUGGUGGAGUUGGAGGAGAAGAAGAGAACCCAGGACCAGAGUGUCCAGAGAACCCAGAAGGGCUUCCAGAUCCUCUCAGAGAGAGGUUAGUUAGACCCUCACUGCUUUUAAACACAAUCACAACGUUAUCACAAUGCUACAGGAAUAUUAUUUUAUGGUUGUUCUGUGGUUUGGUUGUCAUUUUAGAUGGCACCGAUGACCCAGCCAUGACUCCAUUCCUAGAGAUUGCUGAUCAGAAGGGGAAUCCCCUGAAAAUACCUCACAGUAAGAAAAAGGUAGUCUAUACAAAGGACUCAUGAACAUAUGACCAAUAUUAUAUUCAUAACUGUCAUGGUAAGCAGUAUGAGUGGGCGGCAAGCUCACACAACUUAUGGCUUGAAUGGUAACUAUGGUUCCAACCAUGCCAUGUGUCCUGUGUGAAUUUAAACUCCACUGAUUGUAACUCCACAGCACACAAACUGACUAUUUCUAAGGCUGUGUGAUUUUUGUCCUAAGGCUCUGAUUCUAGCCAUGGGGUUCCAUGAGAAAGGCCGCGCUCUGAUGAAGAAGAAACAGUAUGACGCUGCUCUGUGCCACCUGGUGCAAGCUGACGACCAGUUUGGGUAAAAAACCUUCCUCUAAAUCACAUAAAUAAUUUGUUGAAACAGAUCAAAACACCCAGUCCAUUUCUGAUUCAAAGAUGAUUGUAUGAUUGGCAUGUUAGAUCAUUUUAUUAUUGUAUGAUUAUUUGAUCCCAUAUUGAAUGUACAGUACUCUAUGUUAAGAGCUGGGCAAUAUGGAGAGAAAAAAUAUUUUUUGUGGAUUUUUUUAUUUAUUAUCCAAGCAUGUCGCCUCACCCGCAAUAACAUCUGCUAAAUAUGUGUAUGUGGCCAAUAACAUUUGAUUUCAACUACUACUAGUAGUUUGAUGGUUGUAGCCAUUAAUUGUCCCAUGAACAAUCACCCAUAUUAGCAAACUUUAUUUAAUUUCAAACUUCACAUUUCUCUAGUAUAGGCUACUUAUCGUAAUGAACGAUAUCAGAAAAAUGCCUGCGAUAAGUGGUUGGUGUCGAUAAUUUUCCAUUUAUUGUCCCAGCUCUACUCUAUGUUCCACCAUGAAAUCACCUUGCAUCUCAAAUAACAACUCACUUAUUUGAUCAAGAUUAGCGAUUCUGUGCCUCACAUUGCUCAAACUGAUCCUGUGUAAUCAUGGAAAGCCAGAACUAAAAUCUUGUGUAAUAACGCCAGAUGCUCCAUUAAGGUCUGGGGGGAGAUGUGUUAGAAAAGAGACUAGAAUGAGGACCGGAAGCAGGGCGGUAGCUCCACCCCCUCUCUCUGCAAGUCUAUGAGCCAAAUGUCCCCUCCCUUUCCGAAAUUCGAAAGAUGCAAUCACCUGCGAAAACAUGAUUUGUCCAAAUGAUCAAUGACUAAAAAAAUCAGGGCACCGGAACAAAGUUUCUUGUUAUUCAUCUGUUGACAGACGCUAUGGUACCAUGCACACUCUCCUCUGUAUGUAUUUGGACAGCGAAGCAAAAUUGUAAAUUUGUCUCUUUACUCCAGCAUUUUGGAUUUAAAAUAAAAUGUUUCAUCUGAGGUGACAGUACAGAAUGUCACCUUUUAUUUGAGGGUAUUUUCAAACAUAUCUGUUUUACCGUUUAGAAAUGAAAGCAAGUGUUUGGACAAAAUUCACUGAUAAUGUAUUAAAGUAGUAAAAAGUUGAGUGUUCUGGUCCCAUAUUCCUAGCACGCAAUGACUACAUCAAGCUUGUGACGCUACACACUCAUUGGACGCAUUUGCUUUGCAGCUUCAAAAUUUGCUUCUUAUUGGGCAAAACAUAAUCCGAAACACAACCAAAACAAGCUGUAAAUGCAUCCAACAAGUUUGUAAAGUCAUAAGCUCGAUGCAGUCAUUGUGUGCAAGGAAUAUGGGACCAAAUACUAAACUUUUGACUACUUUAAUAGACUUUAAGUGAUUUUGUCCAAAUACUUAUGACAUCUUCAAAUGGGGGGACUAGAUAUAGAAAGUGCAUUUCUAAACGGUAAAACUGAUAUGAAAAUACCCUAAAAUAAAAGGAGACAUUCUGUACUGUCGCCUCAGAUGAAACAUUUGAUCUAAAAUCCAAAAUGCUGGAGUAUAGGGCCAAAUUUGAUAUUUUAGCUUCACUGUCCAAAUACAUACGGAGGGGAGUGUAUGUUACGUGCUCCUGUCCACGAGGAAUUAGAUCCCGUGAAACAUAUUGAUUAUAUUUUAUGUCUGUACAGUAAGUGUGGCUCCAAGCUCUUGAGCACAGUGGACAACUAUGCAGUACUGCAGCUGGACAUCGUGUGGUGCUACCAAGCCUUGGAGGCCCUGUUCUGCUUAGAUGACAGCAAGCAGAGGCUGCAGAGGGCCGAGGACUGCUUCCUCAAGUGCUACGGAGAGCGGCAGCAGAGGCUCAUGAAGAUCAAGGUGACGAUGAACCACAAACACUAGUCUAUGGCUCCGUUCACAAACAACCCCUAGCCCGACGCACUAAUUUAGAUCUGAAUUUCACAAUCGUUUCAAUAUACUUAAUUGAUUUUGUUUUUAGGGAAACACCGGACGAGAGGAAGGGCUGUUCCUCAGGCUGUACCUCCUGCAGAGCAUACUGGCGCACUUGUGUGAUAAUGAGCACCAGGCCACACAGAAGCUAAAGCAGGUGUAGUACAUCAUUAUAGCCCUGUUUCCAGAUCCUCUUGUCUCCAGACAUUAAUAACAACAUUUCUGUAAGCAGGGAGGUACCUCACUGUAAUAUAUUACUGACUCUACCUUUAACCCCUGCUGUGUUCUAGGUGGAGGAUCUGUAUGGGCGUCUGUGUACAAUAAUGUAAUAUUACUGAUUCUACCUUUAACCCCUGCUGUAUUCUAGGUGGAGGAUCUGUAUUGGCGUUUGUGUAUAAUUAUUUAAUAUUACUGAUUCUACCUUUAACCCCUGCUGUGUUCUAGGCUGAGGAUCUGUAUGGGCGUCUGUGUCUGGACCCAGGGGAGAUGAAAGAGCUGAUGGAUCUGGGGUUCUCUGAGCAGGAAGCCCGUCUGGGUCUGAGGGCCUGCCAUGGCAUCGUAAACAAGGCCGCGCAGCAAAUCACCCAUAGGAGACAGGUCCCCCCCCCCCCAUAGCAAUAGAAUGACACAACGUUUACUUGAAUGGGGAUGUCCUAUAUUUCUAUGAGAAGUCCCAUAGUGGAAAAAAGAUGUCAACACUCACUUGAUAUAGUUGCAACAUGUCCUAAUAGCACCGAAGUUAUCAUAGAAAUACAAUUACUAAAACAAACAUUCCCAUUCAAGUCGGUGUCCCAUGAUGGGUGGACCGGUGGCCAUAUUGAGUGUAAUUCUAUGGUUUUGUCUGUCCCUGUCAGGAGAGGGAGGAGAUGAAACGGAAGGAGAGUGAGAAGAGGAGGAGGCGUGUGGAGGACCUGGCUAUUCUCAGAGAGCUGGGUUACUCCAAGAAAGACGCUGCCUGGGCCCUCAAUCAGACAGACGGAGACAUGGACGGAGCCUACAGGGUGAGAGACCAUCGCCGCUACUGCAAAAACACCCAUUGUUUCUCAAUACGCCUUGAAGGAGGAUAUGCCAACCAUCAAAACAUGUCACCAUAACCACAGCCAUGAAGCAACGUUACGUUAGCUAACAGAAGAGUGUAGGAGCAAGCUAGCAUACUUUGCUUGUUUCCUCUAGAUGCUUCUAGAUUCCACCCAGGCUGAGUCUGCUGCUAGAACCAACAGCAUAGAGCUCCCCAUAGAUCAAUCCAGGGUUGAGCAGGUAACAAGCUUCUACCUCUUUCUCUCUCUCUCUCUAGUCACUAUGUCUAUGUAAAAGGUAUGUAGAUGGUACCUUAUCCCUUCGCCAUAGCUGAUAUACCUGGGUUUUGAGCAGGAGGCUGCUGAGGACAACCAGGGGGUCCUGCCCCCAGAGCUGCUCUCCCCCUCUCCCGCCUCCUCACUGUCCGAGGAUCCCAGCACCUCCUCCGUGUCCACAGGGAGGACUGACAUGCACGCACGUACAUACACAGAGAAGCAUGCAGACAGUUAAUACAAUUGAAUUUAGCCGUAGUAUUUCACUGUUCAGAGGUGUAUGUGAGAAAGAGACAUUCAAUGUCUAUAUGCUGCUGAUACUUAAGGCACCAGGAUGCCUUUUAUACCCAAAUCGCCAAAGGAGAGCCCUAAUGAACAUGACACUGUUGUCAUUGGUGUAUCCAGGCUCUGGGAGCCAAGGGGAGGCCCCUAUGGACGUGGACCUGGUGAAUGAGGUGCUGGAGGACAUCCCCCUACACGAAGAGGACUACCUGGACCUGACCCUGGAGGAGGAGAGGGAGGUCAUAGCCAAGAUUAAGUCCUACCUCAACAAGAACUGUGCCUCCUCCAGCUAAAGUACUGUCCAGCCAGCAGCCAUUUUGAAAGCACUUUCACCACCUCCUAUUCCACAGGUGUUUGUUUUUGAGUCUUUUUAGACCCUAAAUUAGUAGGUUUGUGAGUAGGUUUGUUUUUGUUUCUCCUCCACAAGCAAUAUAUCUAAAAUUGUAUCUUCUGUUUUUGUACUAAAGUGUUAUUGAGUUUAAUAACAUAAACAUUUGAAACUGGUUGAAUAUAAUUUAUGGAAGUAAACUGACAUGGAUCAAAACAAGAAAAUUAAGUAAAUUAAGAUAGAGCUAUGAACAAAAUGUUUAUCUACUAUAUGGUUUAUAGGUAAAGAGAGGACACAAGUUUGAUUAUUUAAAGGUUCAUGUUUGUGAUUUCAACCCAGAAUUUAGAAGUUGAGACUGAGUCUUCUAAUUGUAUGGUAAAGGGAUUUGCUUGUGUAAAAGAUGGUUAUACAGUGGGGGAAAAAAGUAUUUAGUCAGCCACCAAUUGUGCAACUUCUCCCACUUAAAAAGAUGAGAGAGGCCUGUAAUUUUCAUCAUAGGUACACGUCAACUAUGACAGACAAAUUGAGAAACAUUUUUCCAGAAAAUCACAUUGUAGGAUUUUUAAUGAAUUUAUUUGCAAAUUAUGGUGGAAAAUAAGUAUUUGGUCACCUACAAACAAGCAAGAUUUCUGGCUCUCACAGACCUGUAACUUCUUCUUUAAGAGGCUCCUCUGUCCUCCACUCGUUACCUGUAUUAAUGGCACCUGUUUGAACUUGUUAUCAGUAUAAAAGACACCUGUCCACAACCUCAAACAGUCACACUCCAAACUCCACUAUGGCCAAGACCAAAGAGCUGUCAAAGGACACCAGAAACACAAUUGUAGACCUGCACCAGGCUGGGAAGACUGAAUCUGCAAUAGGUAAGCAGCUUGGUUUGAAUAAAUCAACUGUGGGAGCAAUUAUUACGAAAUGGAAGACAUACAAGACCACUGAUAAUCUCCCUCGAUCUGGGGCUCCACGCAAGAUCUCACCCCGUGUGGUCAAAAUGAUCACAAGAACGGUGAGCAAAAAUCACAGAACCACAUGGGGGGACCUAGUGAAUGACCUGCAGAGAGCUGGGACCAAAGUAAUAAAGCCUACCAUCAGUAACACACUACGCCGCCAGGGACUCAAAUCCUGCAGUGCCAGACGUGUCCCCCUGUUUAAGCCAGUACAUGUCCAGGCCCGUCUAAAGUUUGCUAGAGUGCAUUUGGAUGAUCCAGAAGAGGAUUGGGAGAAUGUCAUAUGGUCAGAUGAAACCAAAAUAGAACUUUUUGGUAAAAACUCAACUCGUCGUGUUUGGAGGACAAAGAAUGCUGAGUUGCAUCCAAAGAACACCAUACCUACUGUGAAGCAUGGGGGGUGGAAACAUCAUGCUUUGGGGCUGUUUUUCUGCAAAGGGACCAGGACGACUGAUCCGUGUAAAGGAAAGAAUGAAUGGGGCCAUGUAUCGUGAGAUUUUGAGUGAAAACCUCCUUCCAUCAGCAAGGGCAUUGAAGAUGAAACGUGGCUGGGUCUUUCAGCAUGACAAUGAUCCCAAACACACCGCCCGGGCAACGAAGGAGUGGCUUCGUAAGAAGCAUUUCAAGGUCCUGGAGUGGCCUAGCCAGUCUCCAGAUCUCAACCCCAUAGAAAAUCUUUGGAGGGAGUUGAAAGUCCGUGUUGCCCAGCGACAGCCCCAAAACAUCACUGCUCUAGAGGAGAGCUGCAUGGAGGAAUGUGUCACGAUCGUCAUACAUAGAGGAGGACCAAGGCGCAGCGUGUUGAGCGAACAUACUUUCAUUAGUUAAAGUGCACACACGAUACAAAACAACAAAACGACUCGCAACGUCCUAGGUAACAAUGACCAACUGGAACAAAAACCCACAAACACCAAGGGAAAACAGACAGUUUAAAUAUGGCUCCCAAUCAGAGACAACCAGCCACAGCUGACACUCGUUGCCUCUGAUUGGGAGUCACUCAGGCCAACAAAGAAACAGAAGAACUAGAACCCCCAACAUAGAAAUAUAACACAUAGAAUGAACACACCCUGGCUCAACAUAUAGAGUCCCAGAGCCAGGGUGUGACAGUUCCCCCCCCUAAAGGCGCGGACUGCGACCGCGCCUCCACUAGAACAAAACAGGGGAGGGCUGGUUGGGCAUUCCUCCUCGGCGGCGGUUCUGGCUCCGGCCUUGCCCACCACCCUCCAAUAAACCCCCCAUAGCGCCCCUGGUCCGGUCUGGCUCCGCUGGCUGGAGCUGAACUGGACGUAGCAGGAGCGGUUAGCUUCAGCUCCGUAGUGGAGCCGUUGACCGGUACCUUACCAGGCACCGGUGACCCAGGCACGGGUUGUGCUGGACUGACGACGCGCACCCCUGGCUUGGUGCGUGGAGCCGGAACGGGCCGGACCGGGCUGACGACUCGCACCCCUGGCUUGGUGCGUGGAGUAGGAACGGGCCGAACCAGGCUGACGACUCGCACCCCUGGCUUGGUGCGUGGAGUAGGAACGGGCCGGACCAGGCUGACGACUCGCACCCCUGGCUUGGUGCGAGUGGCAGGAACAGGCCGGGCCGGGCUGGCGACGCGCACCGUAGACUUGGUGCGAGUGGCAGGAACAGGCCGGGCUGACGAUGCGCACCCCUGGCUUGGUGCGUGGAGUAGGAACGGGCCGGACCAGGCUGACGACUCGCACCCCUGGCUUGGUGCGAGUGGCAGGAACAGGAUUUCCUCCCAGGUCCAGGACCCCUGCCCGUCCAAAAUCUGCUCCCACGUCCAGGCUGCCUGCUCCUGGACACGCUGCUUGGUCCUGGUAUGGUGGGUUUUUCUGUCAUGAUCGUCAUACAUAGAGGAGGACCAAGGCGCAGCGUGUUGAGCGAACAUACUUUAAUUAGUUAAAGUGCACACACGAUACAAAACAACAAAACGACUCGUAACGUCCUAGGUAACAAUGACCAACUGGAACAAAAACCCACAAACACCAAGGGAAAACAGACAGUUUAAAUAUGGCUCCCAAUCAGAGACAACCAGCCACAGCUGACACUCGUUGCCUCUGAUUGGGAGUCACUCAGGCCAACAAAGAAACAGAAGAACUAGAACCCCCAACAUAGAAAUAUAACACAUAGAAUGAACACACCCUGGCUCAACAUAUAGAGUCCCAGAGCCAGGGUGUGACAGAAUGGGCCAAAAUACCAGCAACAGUGUGUGAAAACCUUGUGAAGACUUACAGAAAACGUUUGACCUGUGUCAUUGCCAACAAAGGGUAUAUAACAAAGUAUUGAGAAACUUUUGUUAUUGACCAAAUACUUAUUUUCCACCAUAAUUUGCAAAUAAAUUCAUUAAAAAUCCUACAAUGUGAUUUUCUUUCUCAUUUUGUCUGUCAUAGUUGACGUGUACCUAUGAUGAAAAUUACAGGCCUCUCUCAUCUUUUUAAGUGGGAGAACUUGCACAAUUGGUGGCUGACUAAAUACUUUAUUCCCCCACUGUAUGUUUCUCCAUCUCAAAUACUUUUGUUUAUGCUCUGUCUUAUGUUUGAAAUCCCAUUUGAAGGAAUUGGAUUAAGGGAAAUUAAAACUAAAUGUUAUGUUUAGAUUAAAUGUGUGUGUUUGUAAAACAUUUUUUAUGGGCUUUGAUUUCCAAAAUGACAAUACAUGACUGCACGUAGUGGCAUAUAGUUCAGGUUGUCCUUGUUUCAAAGUCAUUUGAAUUGAAUUGAAUGAAGCCUGUUAUUACAAACAAUAAAUACUCAUUUGGUUUGUUGUUGGCCAUGUGUGAUUUGUAUGUAUUUAUACUGAUUUGUAUGUAUUUAUACCUCACAAUUCACAGUUGUGAACUCGUAAUUUAACUACAUUUUGCAGUAGCUUGGUGGUAGUUGAAUUACAUUAACAUUCAGUAGUUAAUUACUUUUUUGCCAUGUAGCGGUGUAGCUAACUGGAACUACACAUUACGUUUUUUACAUGAAGAAAAUAUGGGUGAAGUAAGCAAGAAUUUCCUUUCUUAUGUGCCCUUAUUACAUGCCCUUAUUCUCACUUGAAACAGUUUGUGUUUAAUAGGCUAAAUUACACAUUAUGUUAACAUAUGCCUCCAGAGUGAGCUGUUCUUGCAAUUUGUGGUCUGACAUUUGAGAUGUAGAUAUUAUUAAUUUAUCACUAAGUAGUGUGGAUGUAGUGAACUACUUUCUAAAAGUUUUCCUACCUAGCCCUAACCUUGACCCUAACCUUUACCACACUGCUAACUUAACUUUAUGCCCAUCACUAACCUUAAAUGAAGACCAAAAUGCAAAAAAUACAUCAGAAUUUGUACGAUCCAGCCGUUUAGACUUUGUGGCUGUGGUAACUAGUGACAAACGCAUUCCAGAAAUCUGAGAAAAUAGACAUCGAGUGCGGCUGACCUUUUUUGGGGGUCUCAUACAUUUUACAGCAGAGGCAUUACAAGGAAUCCUGUCGAUGAAUGUUCCGUUCACACAGGCAGAUGAUGUGAUUUGGAUUUUCACUAAUGGAGUGGGGUGGGGAUUUUUGGGAUGUAUUUUAUUUUUGUAUUGUAUGACGUUGGUACCCCCUCCCCUUUCCUGCAAUGGAUAUUUGUAUUUUUUUGUACACUACCCGUACAGUAGGUGGUGGUAAUACACCAAUAGGUGUAGUCUGACAUAAAACCUUAAAGAAGAAGAACCACUUUCCAGAAGCGCUCUGUGUUUUGAGAGCGAAGACAAAUUCGACCACGUGACCUAUCCUAGUGUGGAAGUGAAAGAGAAGCAAAACAACAACAUUACAUUUACGUCAUUUAGCAGACGCUCUUAUCCAGUGUGGAAGUGAAAGAGAAGCAAAACAACAACAUUACAUUUACGUCAUUUAGCAGACGCUCUUAUCCAGAGCAAUUAGGGUUAAGUGCCUUGCUCAAGGGCACAUCGACAGAUUUUUCACCUAGUCGGCUCGGGGAUUAGAACCAGCGACCUUUCGAUUACUGGCAAACGCUCUUAACCACUAAACUACCUACCUCGGUUCAGACAUGUUUCUAUCAGAAUAAUACGGCGACAAUGUUAACAACACUUCAAACGUGAGUCAUUAAUUUGGUAUAUCUUGAAAGAAACCGAAAACAACGAAUGUAGCUAGCUAGUCUGUUGUUGUAGUGUUCUGCGACUGCGUAGUUAGCGCAACAUAAUGUUGCUCUACUCAUCCUGUGGAAUUCCCCCUUUGUUUGCUGGCUGGCUGUUCACUUUCACUUUUCCUUCCAUAUUUUUCCACAGUUUCGAGAAUGGCGGAGCUACAUAUUCAGGCAAAGCUGGUAAAUAUUUUAAAACAAGAUACUAUUCAGCUCAGGAACCCACCGCACACCACAGAAGACAGCGAGGCAGGACAGCAACCUCUUCAGGUAAAGUUAGCUAGCUAGGUGACCAACAGUUAUAGCCAUUCUAAAUGUAUUGAUGUUCAUUGAGCUCGUUGGUCUGUGACCUGACUGUGAGUCAGCUUUGUGAGAUAGGGAUAGUUUGUUACUCUGUCUGUGUGUCACUGUUGUCAUUGCAGGAGCUUGCAGUGAACUAUGCCCCCAUUGUGUGCUUCUAGGUGUCUGAAGUGGCGAGUGCCUUGGAGAGCAUCCGAUCCCAGGCAGUAAAGAGCAAAACGGGGGACAAGACCUACAGAGAGACAUGCGUGGAACUCCUUCUGCCUAAAGACUUGAAAAAGGUUUGUGUGUGUGUUUGCCCUGACACAGCCUACAGAAAAUAAAGUAAUUCCACAUUUUUACCCAUUCCUUUAGGAUGCCAAGAAGAAUAACUAUUUGGAGACUAAACUGGAUGUCCCUGCACAAGAUAUCAUGGAUAGGUAAGUGAAAAUGGCCAUUGCAAUUUCAAUCUUUUAUAAUGUGAUCUGUGGGUGAAGUGAUGCACUGUCACUUCAUUCUCAGAUUAUUAUGUCUAUCAAAGUCACAAAUUGAUAAGGUGCUACUUUCUUCCUACAUUUGUAUAGGAUUACUGAACAAUAUGGACUCAAAUACAUUCAGUUAAUUUUUAGAGGGAAGACACUGACUCCUGGUAAGUUUCCAUUUAGUUGCCACAACGCCCAUCUAAUCAAUGCCUAUAAGCUUUUAUUAUGUUUGGUCAUUUCAACUUUGCAUUGAAAUGGUUUCUCUUUACAGAGAAGCGUCUGGAUGAACAGAACGUGAAGAACAACAGUAAGAUUAUGGUUCUGCUGGUGAGCGAGCCGGAGAGGAAGAAACAGAUGGUGGAGUUGGAGGAGAAGAAGAGAACCCAGGACCAGAGUGUCCAGAGAACCCAGAAGGGCUUCCAGAUCCUCUCAGAGAGAGGUUAGUUAGACCCUCACUGCUUUUAAACACAAUCACAACGUUAUCACAAUGCUACAGGAAUAUUAUUUUAUGGUUGUUCUGUGGUUUGGUUGUCAUUUUAGAUGGCACCGAUGACCCAGCCAUGACUCCAUUCCUAGAGAUUGCUGAUCAGAAGGGGAAUCCCCUGAAAAUACCUCACAGUAAGAAAAAGGUAGUCUAUACAAAGGACUCAUGAACAUAUGACCAAUAUUAUAUUCAUAACUGUCAUGGUAAGCAGUAUGAGUGGGCGGCAAGCUCACACAAUUUAUGGCUUGAAUGGUAACUAUGGUUCCAACCAUGCCAUGUGUCCUGUGUGAAUUUAAACUCCACUGAUUGUAACUCCACAGCACACAAACUGACUAUUUCUAAGGCUGUGUGAUUUUUGUCCUAAGGCUCUGAUUCUAGCCAUGGGGUUCCAUGAGAAAGGCCGCGCUCUGAUGAAGAAGAAACAGUAUGACGCUGCUCUGUGCCACCUGGUGCAAGCUGACGACCAGUUUGGGUAAAAAACCUUCCUCUAAAUCACAUAAAUAAUUUGUUGAAACAGAUCAAAACACCCAGUCCAUUUCUGAUUCAAAGAUGAUUGUAUGAUUGGCAUGUUAGAUCAUUUUAUUAUUGUAUGAUUAUUUGAUCCCAUAUUGAAUGUACAGUACUCUAUGUUAAGAGCUGGGCAAUAUGGAGAGAAAACAUUUUGGGGGGGGAUUUUUUAAUUUAUUAUCCAAGCAUGUCGCCUCACCCGCAAUAACAUCUGCUAAAUAUGUGUAUGUGGCCAAUAACAUUUGAUUUCAACUACUACUAGUAGUUUGAUGGUUGUAGCCAUUAAUUGUCCCAUGAACAAUCACCCAUAUUAGCAAACUUUAUUUAAUUUCAAACUUCACAUUUCUCUAGUAUAGGCUACUUAUCGUAAUGAACGAUAUCAGAAAAAUGCCUGCGAUAAGUGGUUGGUGUCGAUCAUUUUCCAUUUAUUGUCUCAGCUCUACUCUAUGUUCCACCAUGAAAUCACCUUGCAUCUCAAAUAACAACUCACUUAUUUGAUCAAGAUUAGCGAUUCUGUGCCUCACAUUGCUCAAACUGAUCCUGUGUAAUCAUGGAAAGCCAGAACUAAAAUAUUGUGUAAUAACGCCAGAUGCUCCAUUAAGGUCUGGGGGGAGAUGUGUUAGAAAAGAGACUAGAAUGAGGACCGGAAGCAGGGCGGUAGCUCCACCCCCUCUCUCUGCAAGUCUAUGAGCCAAAUGUCCCCUCCCUUUCCGAAAUUCGAAAGAUGCAAUCACCUGCGAAAACAUGAUUUGUCCAAAUGAUCAAUGACUAAAAAAAUCAGGGCACCGGAACAACGUUUCUUGUUAUUCAUCUGUUGACAGACGCUAUGGUACCAUGCACACUCUCCUCUGUAUGUAUUUGGACAGCGAAGCAAAAUUGUAAAUUUGUCUCUGUACUCCAGCAUUUUGGAUUUAAAAUAAAAAAAUUCAUCUGAGGUGACAGUACAGAAUGUCACCUUUUAUUUGAGGGUAUUUUCAAACAUAUCUGUUUUACCGUUUAGAAAUGAAAGCGUUUGGACAAAAUUCACUAAUAAUGUAUUAAAGUAGUAAAAAGUUGAGUGUUCUGGUCCCAUAUUCCUAGCACGCAAUGACUACAUCAAGCUUGUGACGCUACACACUCGUUGGACGCAUUUGCUUUGCAGCUUCAAAAUUUGCUUCUUAUUGGGCAAAACAUAAUCCGAAACACAACCAAAACAAGCUGUAAAUGCAUCCAACAAGUUUGUAAAGUCAUAAGCUCGAUGCAGUCAUUGUGUGCAAGGAAUAUGGGACCAAAUACUAAACUUUUGACUACUUUAAUAGACUUUAAGUGAUUUUGUCCAAAUACUUAUGACAUCUUCAAAUGGGGGGACUAGAUAUAGAAAGUGCAUUUCUAAACGGUAAAACUGAUAUGAAAAUACCCUAAAAUAAAAGGAGACAUUCUGUACUGUCGCCUCAGAUGAAACAUUUGAUCUAAAAUCCAAAAUGCUGGAGUAUAGGGCCAAAUUUGACAUUUUAGCUUCACUGUCCAAAUACAUACGGAGGGGAGUGUAUGUUACGUGCUCCUGUCCAUGAGGAAUUAGAUCCCGUGAAACACUGAUUAUAUUUUAUGUCUGUACAGUAAGUGUGGCUCCAAGCUCUUGAGCACAGUGGACAACUAUGCAGUACUGCAGCUGGACAUCGUGUGGUGCUACCAAGCCUUGGAGGCCCUGUUCUGCUUAGAUGACAGCAAGCAGAGGCUGCAGAGGGCCGAGGACUGCUUCCUCAAGUGCUACGGAGAGCGGCAGCAGAGGCUCAUGAAGAUCAAGGUGACGAUGAACCACAAACACUAGUCUAUGGCUCCGUUCACAAACAACCCCUAGCCCGACGCACUAAUUUAGAUCUGAAUUUCACAAUCGUUUCAAUAUACUUAAUUGAUUUUGUUUUUAGGGAAACACCGGACGAGAGGAAGGGCUGUUCCUCAGGCUGUACCUCCUGCAGAGCAUACUGGCGCACUUGUGUGAUAAUGAGCACCAGGCCACACAGAAGCUAAAGCAGGUGUAGUACAUCAUUAUAGCCCUGUUUCCAGAUCAUCUUGUCUCCAGACAUUAAUAACAACAUUUCUGUAAGCAGGGAGGUACCUCACUGUAAUAUAUUACUGACUCUACCUUUAACCCCUGCUGUGUUCUAGGUGGAGGAUCUGUAUGGGCGUCUGUGUACAAUAAUGUAAUAUUACUGAUUCUACCUUUAACCCCUGCUGUAUUCUAGGUGGAGGAUCUGUAUUGGCGUUUGUGUAUAAUUAUUUAAUAUUACUGAUUCUACCUUUAACCCCUGCUGUAUUCUAGGCUGAGGAUCUGUAUGGGCGUCUGUGUCUGGACCCAGGGAAGAUGAAAGAGCUGAUGGAUCUGGGGUUCUCUGAGCAGGAAGCCCGUCUGGGUCUGAGGGCCUGCCAUGGCAUCGUAAACAAGGCCGCGCAGCAAAUCACCCAUAGGAGACAGGUGUGUCCCCCCAUAGCAAUAGAAUGACACAACGUUUACUUGAAUGGGGAUGUCCUAUAUUCCUAUGAGAAAUCCCAUAGUGGAAAAAAGAUGUCAACACUCACUUGAUAUAGUUGCAAAAUGUCCUAAUAGCACCGAAGUUAUCAUAGAAAUACAAUUACUAAAACAAACAUUCCCAUUCAAGUCGGUGUCCCAUGAUGGGUGGACCGGUGGCCAUAUUGAGUAUAAUUCUAUGGUUUUGUCUGUCCCUGUCAGGAGAGGGAGGAGAUGAAACGGAAGGAGAGUGAGAAGAGGAGGAGGCGUGUGGAGGACCUGGCUAUUCUCAGAGAGCUGGGUUACUCCAAGAAAGACGCUGCCUGGGCCCUCAAUCAGACAGACGGAGACAUGGACGGAGCCUACAGGGUGAGAGACCAUCGCCGCUACUGCAAAAACACCCAUUGUUUCUCAAUACGCCUUGAAGGAGGAUAUGCCAACCAUCAAAACAUGUCACCAUAACCACAGCCAUGAAGCAACGUUACGUUAGCUAACAGAAGAGUGUAGGAGCAAGCUAGCAUACUUUGCUUGUUUCCUCUAGAUGCUUCUAGAUUCCACCCAGGCUGAGUCUGCUGCUAGAACCAACAGCAUAGAGCUCCCCAUAGAUCAAUCCAGGGUUGAGCAGGUAACAAGCUUCUACCUCUUUCUUUCUCUCUCUCGCUUUAGUCACUAUGUCUAUGUAAAAGGUAUGUAGAUGGUACCUUAUCCCUUCGCCAUAGCUGAUAUACCUGGGUUUUGAGCAGGAGGCUGCUGAGGACAACCAGGGGGUCCUGCCCCCAGAGCUGCUCUCCCCCUCUCCCGCCUCCUCACUGUCCGAGGAUCCCAGCACCUCCUCUGUGUCCGCAGGUAGGACUGACAUGCACGCACGUACAUACACAGAGAAGCAUGCAGACAGUUAAUACAAUUGAAUUUAGCCGUAGUAUUUCACUGUUCAGAGGUGUAUGUGAGAAAGAGGCAUUCAAUGUCUAUAUGCUGCUGAUACUUAAGGCACCAGGAUGCCUUUUAUACCCAAAUCGCCAAAGGAGAGCCCUAAUGAACAUGACACUGUUGUCAUUGGUGUAUCCAGGCUCUGGGAGCCAAGGGGAGGCCCCUAUGGACGUGGACCUGGUGAAUGAGGUGCUGGAGGACAUCCCCCUACACGAAGAGGACUACCUGGACCUGACCCUGGAGGAGGAGAGGGAGGUCAUAGCCAAGAUUAAGUCCUACCUCAACAAGAACUGUGCCUCCUCCAGCUAAAGUACUGUCCAGCCAGCAGCCAUUUUGAAAGCACUUUCACCACCUCCUAUUCCACAGGUGUUUGUUUUGAGUCUUUUUAGACCCUAAAUUAGUAGGUUUGUGUGUAGGUUUGUUUUUGUUUCUCCUCCACAAGCAAUAUAUCUAAAAUUGUAUCUUCUGUUUUUGUACUAAAGUGUUAUUGAGUUUAAUAACAUAAACAUUUGAAACUGGUUGAAUAUAAUUUAUGGAAGUAAACUGACAUGGAUCAAAGACAAGAAAAUUAAGUAAAUUAAGAUAGAGCUAUGAACAAAAUGUUUAUCUACUAUAUGGUUUAUAGGUAAAGAGAGGACACAAGUUUCAUUAAAGGUUCAUGUUUGUGAUUUCAACCCAGAAUUUAGAAGUUGAGACUGUGUCUUCUAAUUGUAUGGUAAAGGGAUUUUUGGUUGCUUCUGUAAAAGAUGGUUCUAUGUUUCUCCAUCUCAAAUACUUUUGUUUAUGCUCUGUCUUAUGUUUGAAAUCCCUUUUGAAGAAAUUAAAUGUUAUGUUUCGAAUAAAUGUGUGUGUUUGUAAAAAAAUAUAAUGGCUUUUGAUUUCCAAAAUGACAAUACAUGACUGCACUUAGUGCCAUAUAGUUCAGGUUGUCCUUGUUUCAAAGUCAUUUGAAUUGAAUUGGAUAAAGCCUGUUAUUACAAACAAUAAAUACUCAUUUGGUUUA